CACCUCUCUUCAGGGGCGUUCAUGUUGUUUACACUGAACUACAUUAAACCCCUGAACACAACGCAGGAACAGGAACAACUUCCAAAACUGGAAAAUUCGAGCAUUUGAAGAGCACGUGAACGCAUACUAAAACAACGUCGACAUCAGCAGCGGGGCUUCCACUGUAAUGUAGACCAAACAGAGCCAGGACCAGGACCAGGACCAGGACCCACACAUGUCCGGGGUGCGGACUCUGAAGCAGUAACCGGUCUCUCUGAGGGGAACAUGAAGGAGCAGCAGGGCUGCGGGAUCCGGUCCACGCUGGGCUUUCUGUCCCGCAGACAGCGGACCGGGCAGCCGCUCCUGAAGGAGGACUUCCAGAGACGCAGGCUGGCGGGCUGCACGAGCCUCUACAAGAAGGACAUGCUGGGACACUUCGGCUGCGUCAACGCCAUUGAGUUCUCCAACAGCGGGGGGGAGUGGCUGGUGUCCGGUGGAGAUGACCGCCGGGUGCUGCUGUGGCACAUGGAGCAAUCCAUCCACGCCCGGUCCAAGCCCGUGAAGCUGAAGGGGGAACACCUCUCCAACAUCUUCUGUUUGGCCUUCGACAGCACGAAUAAGAAGGUGUUCUCUGGAGGAAACGAUGAGCAGGUGAUUCUUCACGAUGUGGAGAGAAGAGAAACUCUGAACGUGUUCCUGCACAUCGACGCCGUCUACAGUUUGUCCGUCAGCCCGGUCAACGACAACGUGUUCGCCAGCUCAUCUGACGACGGACGCGUUCUCAUCUGGGACACCCGUGAGCCGCCCAGCGCAGAGCCGUUCUGUCUGGCCAGCUACCCGUCAGCCUUCCACAGCGUGAUGUUCAACCCCGUCGAGCCCAGACUGAUCGCCACGGCCAACUCCAAGGAGGGGGUCGGACUGUGGGACAUCCGCAAACCACGCAGCUCGUUGCUGCGAUACGGAGGCAGCAUGUCCUGCAGAGCGCCAUGAGCGUCCGCUUCAAACAGCACAGGCACCCAGCUGCUGGCGCUGCGUCGCCGCCUGCCGCCCGUCCUCUCUAACGAGCUGCACUCCCGCCUGCCCAGCUUCCAGUUCGACAACCAGGGCUACUUCAACUCCUGCACCAUGAAGAGCUGCUGCUUCGCCGGGGACAAAGAUCAGGUGGUACAUCUUGUCGGAUCGGAUGACUUCAACCUUUACAUGUGGAAAAUACCGAAGGAUCCGAAGCUGGUGAGUUCCUCAGGCCCAGGCCGCGUGGUAAACGGGGCGUUCAUGGUCCUGAAGGGUCACCGCUCCAUCGUCAACCAGGUCCGCUUCAACCCGCACACCUACAUGAUCUGCUCCUCAGGCGUGGAGAAGUCAUCAAGGUCAGUCUGGAGUCCGUACCAGCAGCCCAACAGCCUGGGGGACCUGGACGGCCGCGUGGAGGACAAGUCCCGCAGUCUACACCCACGAGAGUACAUCAGCCUGGUGCUGAACAGCGGCAGCGGUCUCCACGACUACGUCAGCCAGUCCAUCCAGGAGGAUCCCCGCAUGAUGGCGUUCUUCGACUCUCUGGUGCGGCGGAUCGAAGGCUGGAGCUCCGACUCUGACAGCGACCUGAGCGAGGAGGCCAUCAUGCAGCUUCACGCCCGAGGACGCCGCACCGCCCGACCCACGCCCGUGGCCCCGGUCGCUCCCACGGCUGCGGCUCACCACAGCGACUCCGACAACUCGUCUUCCUCCUCUCUGGCCGGCCACGCCUCGGGAGGGGAGGAGCCAGCGGAGGCUGAAGGGACGCAGAGGAGGCGGGGCAGGCAUCAGCGGCAUCAAUCCGGCUUCCUUGUAAAUGAGGACUCAGAUUCAAGUGAGUUCUGGCUCGACCCCAUGCCCAGGCCUCGCUCCCCGAGCCCCAGAGACAACUCCACGCUGUCCAGCCCCACGUCCUCCCCGUCGCUUCCUCGAGGCUCCUCAGCCCGUCAACUCCCCUCCAGCUCCAGCAGCGAUGACGAGGAGCGGCGGAGCGCGGUGAGGCGGCGAAACGUCAUGAGGCGGCGCCGCAUGAACGUCGUCUCCAGAGGGGACCGACCCGAGUCCGUGCAGGCUCUGUUCUCCGCCGUGGACUCCUGCAGCUACCCGUCGAUAUCCGUGGAAGAUCUGUCGACCUCCUCGUCCACCGGGGAGCAAAACUCGCCUCACGUGAAGCCGCGCGGCGAGGAGGAGAAGUGUUUGAGCCCGUCUGACUUUGUGUGCCUGAGCCCCGUGAUGUCCCCCGGGAGCCAGGAGAACGAGGACGGGACGGAGAGGACUGAGCUGGAGAGACUCUCAGCGGCGUCUCCUCGCGCUCGGACUGAACAGAGAGCGGCGUCGGACGGCUCCGACAGCGGCGAGGCGUGCAGCAGCUCCGGGGUUUUGGACGGUAGCUCUCAGAGCAGACGCAGCCCCGGAGUGAACGGCCACCGGACUGCGGACCUCCACGCGUCCUCGGAGUCGGAGGAGGACGACACGAGGCCGCAGAGGGAAAGAGCGGCGGCACAGAGCGCGCUCAAACGGACUCACGUGUCGGAGGAGGGCGAGUCCGGCUCCUCGCCUUCAGAGAAGAAGUUAAAAAUAACGAGGUCUCUGUCCUCUGAUUGGUUCACAGACUUAAUGACAAAGUGGGUUUUUUAUGGGUUUUUACAACUCAGCUUUCAGUUCGCCUCUCGGUCAUGUGACACACAUGGACUCAAUCAGAGCAGAAGACUUAAAAAAAAAAGGACACAUGUUGAUUUGUAUUUGUGAAAACAGACGACACGUCAUCAGUCUUUUGGUGAAACCGCAGAUGACAGUAAACGAUUGAAAUAUAAAGCUAAGCUAAUGUUGCUAACGAUGCUGUUUUAAGUGAAGCUCGUUUCUUUUCAGUGUUUCUCUCUCAUGCUCUGGUUGUUGCAGGAAGCUCCUCCCAGGAUCUGGAGCUCCUUCAACCACAACAACACAACAAAAAGGUCUGAUGGAGGACGAAAGCUUCGCAGCGUUUUUAGUUUUAGAGCCCGGAUCUGAUUGGUUCUUAUUUCUAAGUGAUCCUCGGCUGCUUCAGGGAGUCUGAAGACCGGACGUGUCUCCGUAGAAACCGUAGGGAGCAGCUUCUCCGAUGCUUUCAGUGUCUCCUCUGCUCUCCUGUUAAUCACAGCUCGCUUUGUUUCCUGCAAUUAAAGACGAAUUUGUUCUCCUCGAUUUAAA